UCCCGCCGCUGCGCACCGCGGGGGGCACGCCCGCGUCCCUGCGCGGGGGCUGCGCGGGGGCGGGCGGUGCUCUGCGCCCCCGCGGGAAGGGCGGCGGCGGCAGCAGCACCCGCUGCGUGCGGGAAGCCGCUACGGAGCCAUCCCGGCUCUCCCGGAGGCUGCGGAGAAAGUUGCUCUAGAAAGGGGCUACAUCGCUGGCUGCGCGGAGCGGCCGCGCUCCUGAACCCCGGUGAGUAACCCCACUGAUGUUUAUUAAGGCCACUCAGCGUGCAUUUAUGUCUGAAGCUGCACAGAUAACCAGAACAGUAAGUCUACCAGCCUGUGGCUACGGAUACAGUUGCUAUAGUAACAUUUAUAAACACUAAUUUCACUACACAUGCUGAACUACUGCCUGCUACUGCAGAGGAACAGCUUAGAAAAAAAUCACUCUUCAACUGCAAAUAGGUCUAGAGGUAGAAGUGUUCCCAAAUCCCAAAGGCAGGCUCUGCCCCCAGCAUGCUCCUGUGACUCACCAGGUUCAUCUUUAUCUCUUCCCACACCUUUCAUAACAAGACUUCCUUAAAGCUGCAUCAUUGCUUCUGGUGAUACAAAUGACAUAGGAGAAGUCACAAGAUAAACCAAACCCACCUGAUUUUGGAUGUUCCAGAGAUGAGGAAGAUCAGCUGAAAAAGGUCACAAUUGCACCCAAGAAUGACGAUUCCAAGCACAUUUCAAUUUUUUGCUCGACUUGUCAACAGACAAUAUAUCCGCACCACCUUAUCAUAAAAAAACCCACAAAGCCCUAACUUUGCUGGGCUUUGACAGCCCACAAAGACUGACAACAAAACAGAGACAGAAACUAAUUUCAAAAUUGACCAAGAUUCCUAAAUAUUGAGACACACAGGCAGAAGAUUGAUGAUUCAUUGGAAUUCCUUAUGGAUAGUCACACUUCUACAUCAUAUUGCAAUCUUGCUAAUAUUAACAAUCCUAGUACUUUUAAGAAAGUAAAUAAUUCUUUAAUAAAAGCAUUAGCAAUUUGCCAAGAUAAAAAUUCCAUGUGGCAGGGAGACAUGGAAGACAGAUUUAUUGUGCUUGACAACUAUGGAAAUAGGUCAGAUACAUGUUUUCUGGGGCUAGUUGAUGGUUUUCAUGGUGUGACAGCUGCAGAAACAGUUGCAGCAGAGCUUCCACUUUUAUUUCUUGACCAGCUUGCUCAAACGGAUUCCUCCUACAAGAAGAGUAUGGACGAACAGCAAAUUCUAGAUUCUUUUGCCACAGUAAUCAAGGCAGAUUACAGGGAAAAAGAAAAGAUUUUCUCUGAUAAACCAAGCAAUGACGAGACCAAGAUGACCAGUACUUACGAAUGGAUUCACAAAGCGUAUGCAAAGUCCUUUUGGAGAAUGGAUAGACUUUUACGACUGGGAAGGAAUGAGGUUUCCAAAGUUCGCUGGAGUGGCUGUUCAGCCGUUACCUGUUUGGUGGAAAGGCUCCCCAGUGAAGAGACAGAUGGCACUGAGGAAGAAGAAAGAAAACAUUUUGAAAACACCACACACAGUCCAUUAGUCAGGACAGCCAGAGGUGUUGCUGGGUUACUGCACAUUGCCAAUAUAGGUAAUGCACAUGCAGUCUUAUGUAAAAAUGGAAAGAUUUACUGCCUCUCAAAAGAGCACAGCACUUCUAACAUAAGUGAGAGAAAUCGCAUACUUCAGAAUGGUGGAAACAUCAGCAGUAAUGAACCAGAUGGAUUAGUAGAAGGGUACCUGAGAACUACAAGGGGUCUUGGACAUCAUGGAGAUCCAGUACUGAAGAGAUCAGUUAUACCUGUACCUCAUACCAUAUCUGUCCCUAUUGAUGAUACUUGUCAGUUUCUUAUUUUAGCUUCUAAUGGGCUUUGGGAGGUUUUGGAUUAUAAUGAAGUACUUGCAUUAACUCUAACAACAUUCACUCAUUAUUUGAGAAUGUAUGAAUGUGUUCAACAAAAGGGAACUUCUCCAUGUAAGUGUCAGUAUUUGAUGCCACUCACUGAAGACAACUUAAAUGACUCAAAGACUAUUAAAGAUCUGCAAAAUGGAAUAGAGAUGCUGUAUUCCGAUAAAGACAUUUUUCUCACCAACUUAAAAGGCAACCUGAAACAAAAUAAGCCAAAAUGUUCUCGGAGGAACUAUCUGCAAAGUGAAGAUGGAGUUCCUAAGGAAACUGAUGACCACAAAAAUCAAUCUGAUCCAGAACUGUCUCUUUUCAGUAACAAUGAAGUAAAUUCACAGAACAGAGAGAUGAAACAGUCUGAUGCUAGCACACAAGGUAACUCUGAAGAACUGAAACACCUUGAGGACAGAAAAGUUUAUCUAUGCAACAGCUUUCAGCCACAGACUGCAGUGCAAGAAGAAACAGACACUGACAAUUCCUCUGCAACAGGUCCAAGUUACACCCAUAAACAGCUGCAAGAGAAUGUACAGGCAACAGGGUCUAAAGACAUCAAUCAGCCCCCAAAAGAUAUAACAGCAUGCCUAUCUAAUUACGACUCAGGUCCACAACUGGCAGAAAAAAUGGACUCCAAGGUAUUUUGUGACAAACUUGCAAGUUACACUGGUCAAGAACUGCUAAAGACUGUAUCACCAGUGGGUUCUAAAGCACCACCACAGAUUGAAGAGGACACAAAAACGUACCCAUCCAAUUGCAAAUCACAAACUGCAGGACGAGGCAGAGUCACCUCAGAGACACUCUACGACAACGCAGCAAGCUACAUUAGUGAGCAGCUGGUAAAGGCUGCAUUAGCUGCAGGUUCAAGAGAUAAUAUUACUAUUUUGAUUGUACUUCUAAAUGGAUGUGAUAAGAUACCCUAUUACCUCAACAUUUAAAAAUUUAUCAUAGGAUAACUGGAGCACCACAGUACAUAUAGUACACGUUCAUAUUUAGCCGUGUCAUGAAUUUACUUGUAAUCAUCUUAAAUGCUGACCCAUACAGGAAAAUCAGACAUCUUGUCUGGAACUGUGCAAAUGCAAUAAAAUCUUCUGAAACUCUCAAUAAGAAACAGUAAUCAAAUAUUUUUUUU